AUGAACUUCCGGCGGUUCCUGUACAUGGUGGAGAACGAUGGCGUCGACCGCAGCUACUCCCUCCGCCGCAUCGACACGUCGCGCUUCUUCUUCCCUGCUCUUCCGUCGGCGAUACGAGACGGCGGUCGCCUUCCUCGUCCCAUCAUAAAUCUGCGCCCUCCCCACUUGCAGCACAGCGCCGGUACGAUUAACUUCGCACUCUUCAAGAACAAGGGGAACAAUGGGGGGCACGACAUGGUGGUCGCCGUGGACAACGCGGGCCGCAGUUUCAUUUGCAACCCCGUCCUGCCCCCUAGCGUCCAUGCCCUGCCGAGCUUGUCUUCUCCCAAGUUCGCGCCCUUCUCCCUCACUGUCGGCGACAGCCUCUACGUCAUGGACGCGGUCCCCAAGCCGCCCAACGGUUGCGGCCCGCACAAUGUCGAGCUCCUCUCCAACGACGACGACCACGGCUGGCGCUGGAGCCCUCUCGAUUCGCCUCCCCACGUGUACGAUUGUCCCGGUUACCUUUGCCCCAGGAUCGACUCCUACGCGGUGGUCGCCGGCGCUGGCAUCGCCGUGUCCAACAACGACAGCGCGCAGACCUUCCGCUUCGACACGGGGGACAAGACGUGGAGCAAGGCCGGCGACUGGGUGCUGCCGUUCACCCGCCUCGCCGAGUACGUCCCCGAGCACAAGCUCUGGUUUGGGAUCUCGCCCAUCGGGGACGGCCACCGCUUCUGCGCCGCCAACCUCGUGGCGUCGCCGGACUCCGACCAGAUGAGGCCGCCCGUGGUGCACGGCCUCUGGAAGGAGUACGCGGAGCCUCCCCCGGAGUGGAGCGUUGCAGAGGCCUACGCUGUGCACCUGGGCUCCUCCAGGUUCUGCAUCGUCGGGCUCUUCUCUACUGGUGAAAUCCGUGUGGAGACUCACCAUUCCUACAAGGUGGAGGAAGAGCUCCAAGCCGUGGUCACCAGCGUGGAGGUCCAGCGUUGCGGUGCAGAGCUCCGUGUGGUCAAGCACAAGUCUGAACGUUACGAGCUCGCCGCCGAAGGCGACUACCGGAUACUCUGCUAA